AUGGUUUUCUCAGCAAUGUUGACGCUGGCCCACUCUGGGACCUCAAAUGCUACUUUUAUUGUUUAUGAAAAUGCCUAUACGAAUUUUACCACUCCCCAGUUCUUGCUUCAUAGUGGCACAACCCAGCCAUUGAGAUAUAGUUCAGGUGCCAUGCUCACCACUGAGAGAAGUACUUUUCUGGUAAAUGCUACAGCUAUCCUGCCAUCGCAAGAAGUUUUCAGGAGCCUGAGUUUGCCACUCCAGAUCAUUCUUUCUGCUGCUAUGAUAUUUAUCCUGUUGGUUUCUUUCCUUGGAAACUUUGUUGUCUGCCUCAUGGUCUACCAGAAGGCAGCUAUGCGAUCUGCAAUUAACAUCCUCUUAGCAAGCCUGGCUUUUGCAGACAUGCUGCUGGCAGUGCUGAACAUGCCUUUUGCUCUGAUAACAAUCAUUACCACUCAGUGGAUUUUUGGGGAUAUAUUCUGCAGAGUCUCUGCCAUGUUCUUCUGGGUUUUUGUCAUAGAGGGGGUAGCCAUUCUUCUUAUUAUUAGUAUUGACCGAUUUCUUAUCAUAGUUCAGAGGCAAGAUAAACUGAACCCUUACCGUGCAAAGAUUCUCAUUGUGAUUUCCUGGGCAGCAUCCUUUGUUGUUGCUUUUCCGUUAUCAGUAGGGAAUCCUAAUCUGCAGAUACCCUCAAGAGCACCUCAGUGUGUUUUUGGCUACUCUACAAGCCCAGGUUACCGAGCCUACGUGAUAGUUGUCUUGCUAAUUUCUUUUUUUAUUCCAUUCUUGGUAAUGCUGUAUUCUUUUAUGGGCAUACUCAACACCGUCCGCCACAAUGCGGUUCGUAUCCAUAGCCACCCUGAUAGCAUAUGCCUCAGCCAGGCCAGCAAACUUGGUCUCAUGAGCUUACAGAGACCUUUUCAGAUGAAUAUUGAUAUGAGCUUUAAAACUCGUGCCUUCACAACCAUCUUGAUUUUGUUCCUUGUCUUCAUAGUCUGUUGGGCACCCUUCACCACUUACAGCCUUAUAGCCACAUUCAACAGCCACUUCUACUACAAGCACAACUUUUUUGAGAUAAGCACUUGGCUCCUUUGGCUCUGCUACCUCAAGUCUGCACUGAACCCACUGAUUUACUACUGGAGGAUUAAGAAGUUUCAUGAUGCAUGCUUGGACUUGAUGCCCAAAUACUUCAAGUUUUUGCCACAGCUACCCGGCCAUACAAGGCGGCGCAUUCGACCCAGUGCCAUCUAUGUGUGUGGGGAGCAUCGGUCGGUAGUGUGA